AUGAACUCCUUCCGUGUCGCCCGCGCCGCCCUGCGCGUCCGCCCUACCGCUUUCGCUGCUCCCCUUGCCCGUAGAGGCUACGCCGAUGUCGCCUCGGACAAGAUCCAGCUGUCUCUGUCCCUUCCUCACCAAGCUAUCUACAAGUCGCAGGAUGUUGUCCAGGUCAACAUUCCCGCCGAGACUGGUGACAUGGGUGUCCUCGCCAGCCACGUUCCCUCUAUUGAGCAGCUGAGACCCGGCCUCGUUGAGGUUAUCGAGGAGUCCGCCGGCAGCAAGCAGUUCUUCCUCUCUGGUGGUUUCGCUACCGUCCAGCCCGGCUCCAAGCUCAGCAUCAACGCUGUUGAGGGUUUCCCUCUCGAGGACUUCAGCGCCGAGGCCGUCAGAAACCAGAUCGCCGAGGCUCAGAAGAUCGCAAGCGGCAGUGGUAGCGAGCAGGACAUCGCCGAGGCCAAGAUCGAGCUUGAGGUUUUGGAGAGCCUCCAGGCCUUCCUGAAAUAA